AUAUUUUUAGUUUUAUAUGUCAUUUGUCACUGUCACUUACAAAUUACGAUAUAUUAAUAUAAGAUUAGAAUAUUAAUUAAUAGUGUAACAAUAGUUGGAGCUGUUAGCACGAUGCCAGAAGAAGCGACUCCUCGAAAUAUUUUAGAAAAAUUCGUGUUAUCGGUAUCAAAUACUUUGGAACGCCCAGUAGUAUGGUUUAGAGAAACUGUAGUCGAACCCAACCAACAACAUUCUGUUUGGUACCAUCAAAAAUUUCGGAGGGUACCAACAAUCGACGAAUGCUACACGGAUGAUGCAGUCUGCAUCGCCGAAGCCAAUUUACAGUUCAAACGAGACAAGUUAGUUGACAGUGAUAUUUUGAGUAUUUUGAGAGAAAGAUACGAAGAUUGCGCUUUAUAUGAAGCACCUGAUCAUUUGGAAAAAUGUCGACCACUUUUCGACCAAUAUCAAGAAGCUACCACAAAUUGGUUCAUCAAAUACGGCGAUUUAGGUGGUUACGGUGAUGCUAAAGCUGCUUACAUGAAGCAGAAACAUAGAAUGAUUUGGGAACGCAGACAUGGUCCAGUAGGAAGCGGUAUGAACGGAGCUGCCCCAACAGAAAAUUAAAUUGGUGUACAAGAAAAUGCUUAUAUUAAUUGUAGCAUGUUUGUAAUAUAUAGUAGUUGUUUAUUAUUAAAA